AUGAUAGCGGCUCGCGCAACGCACGUAAGAACUCGCCCACCCGAGACGGUGGAAGAGAAGGAGAUAGGCCAAGCAAAAACUGCCAACAACAGUAGGAGUAAAAUAGGGAGAAGGAAACAAAAAAAUUCCAUCAAACUCCACCACAAACCACCAGCAGCAACCAAGUUACUUCGCGUGACAGUCUUCCUUCUGUCCGUUCUGUCCAAACGCUGGACACCUAAUCAGGUGGGUCUUCUCCAUUUCCUCCUGACUGGACACCGAAUCAGGUGCGUCGUUGUCUUUAGGGCUGGACACCGAAUCAGGUGGGUCUAUAGUAGCUGUCUUCUUGCUUCCCAGUAUCUCUGGCUUUCCGUAGCUGUCUUCUUGCUUCCCAGGCUGGACACCGAAUCAGGUGGGUCUUCUCGCUUGUCUCUAGGGCUGGACACCGAAUCAGGUGGGUCUUCUCCGUCUGAACACCGAAUCAGAGAAUCAGAUGGGUCUUCUCCAUUUCCUCCUGUAGGUUUCACAUCAGGUGGGUCUUCUCCAUUUCCUCCUGUAGGUUACAGAUCAGAUGGGUCUUCUCCAUUUCCUCAUGUUACAGAUCAGAUGGGUCUUCUCCAUUUCCUCAUGUAG